AUGACCUACAAGAACGAGAGCUCGAUUGAGAUCGCAACAUCGCCUGCCAAGGUGCGGGAAGUUGUACCUGCUCAACUUCUCGGCAUACCCAGAACGGCAUACCCAGAAUGGCACACCGAUUUCAUCAAGGGCGUUGAGGUCCAGGAGAAGGAUAAGACCGCUCAGACACUUGCAGCAGGGGACAAGGUCGAAGUCAACAUCGAAAAUUUCAAGUUCAUUGCCGAAAUCAAGUCCAACACUGAAGAAUUGUUCUCAUGGCAGGGCCCACCCGUCUUCACCAUUGCCAGUCUUCAUGAAUUCCGCAUGGAGCCCACCAAGGAUGGAGCGGCUACCAUCUUCACACAGUCAGAGGAGCUCAACGGCCUGUUCGCCUGGCUCAUGAGCCCGUCGCUUCUGGGCAAGAAGAUGAAGGCCCAUUUCGACGAGUUUCACCGGGACUUGAAAGCCCGUGCAGAAGCUACAUAG